ACACGCUCGGCUUAUUCGUUAGCAGAUUCGGUGAAAUCGAUGUCGCCCGCCGUCUCAUUGCAGUCGACGAUGCGGCCAGCAGCCCCGGGACUUGGGCGCCAGCUGCACGGGUCGCCGCCCUGCCACGGUCCGCUGCUCCGACCGAGGAGGCCGCGGGCGAUGGCGACGGUGUGCUGCGGUGCCUUCCGGCGGGACCACUACGGGGGCGCGCUGGUGGACGAGGGCAUGGCGGUGCUUCGGCGGAGGAUCCGGGAGGCGCGGAUGGCCGAGACCAACUACGAGGCGCCGCCGGGGUGGGCGGCCUGGGAGAAGCGCUACUACCGGGCGUACGUCUCUGAUGUGUCCACGCUCGCCGGCGCUCUGCAGUUGCUGGCCAUGGAUACCAGGCCCGGCGUCGCGGCUGCUGUUGCCGCGCUGGUGCUCGCCGGCGUGCCGGUGUCCGCCGUCUUCGCGCUGCACCUCCUUGGGCAGGCGGCGGGAUCCGUUUUGCACCUUGUUUCUUGAUUGACUAUCAUUCAUUCGCCGGCAGCGUGUGCUAUCUGUGUCUGUAGAUAAUUAGAUACACAGUGCAAUGGAGAUAUGUAAUUCUUUUGGUUUUAGCUGCAGUAUAAACGCAGAGUAAUAUGUAUUUUCUUUUCUUAUUUCACUGGUUUUAACGAGCGAAGGUGAUCCGUCAAUCUUUU